CCAUUUCCCUUCCAUUUUCCUCACUCCCAUUGGGCCAUAAUCCAUUCCCAAACAAAAAAUACACAGAUACAAGAGAAACAAAUAGUUGUUUCUGAUUGGCUUACGCUUUAGAACUUUCACCAUGGGUGUAAAAGGACUUUUGUUUAGUAUUGUUUUGAUUAAUUUGUCAUUACUAGGACUUUGUGGGUAUCCCAGAAAACCAGUUGAUGUACCCUUUUGGAAAAACUAUGAGCCCAGUUGGGCUAGUCACCACAUCAAGUACCUCAAUGGUGGUUCCACUGUUGAUCUUGUUCUUGACAGGUCUUCAGGUGCUGGAUUUCAGUCAAAGAAAUCAUAUUUGUUUGGGCACUUUAGCAUGAAACUGAAGCUUGUUGGUGGAGACUCAGCUGGUGUUGUCACUGCAUUUUACCUGUCAUCGAAUAAUGCAGAGCACGAUGAGAUAGAUUUUGAAUUCUUAGGGAACAGGACUGGGCAACCAUACAUUUUGCAGACGAAUGUGUUCACGGGAGGAAAAGGAGACAGAGAACAGAGAAUCUAUCUCUGGUUUGACCCAACCAAGGGUUACCAUUCUUAUUCUGUUCUUUGGAAUACCUUCCAGAUUGUGAUCUUUGUGGAUGACGUCCCAAUUAGAGCAUUCAAGAACUCAAAAGACCUAGGUGUGAAAUUCCCAUUCAAUCAGCCCAUGAAAAUAUACUCAAGCCUUUGGAAUGCAGAUGAUUGGGCUACAAGAGGUGGAUUGGAGAAAACAAACUGGUCCAAUGCCCCAUUUACUGCCUCCUACACAUCAUUCCACGUGGACGGCUGUGAAGCUGCCACCCCACAAGAGGUCCAAGUUUGUAACACCAAAGGCAUGAGAUGGUGGGAUCAAAAGGCUUUCCAAGAUUUGGAUGCUUUACAAUACAGGAGACUUCGUUGGGUUCGCCAAAAAUAUACUAUUUAUAAUUAUUGCACUGAUAGGAAGAGGUACCCUACUCUUCCACCAGAGUGCACUAAGGACAGAGAUAUUUAAGUAAUUUAAUUAAGAGGGGGGUUUUUAAGCACUUAAUAUUAUUUAUGUUGUGAGUAUAUUAAGGAUGUUAAUAUUAUAAAUAUCCAUGAGAUAACCCCUAAAACAAAGAGCUUUUAAUUAAGCUCUAUUUACCUAUUUUUUUAGUGUAUCAUUGGUGAAGUCAUGAAGAUAUAUAUCUCAUGCUAGGUCUUCAUGUCUCAGCGUGUAACGAGUGAUGUAUUGUAAUUUAUUGCACUAUUUGUUUUCUCUGAAUUGAAAUAUGAACCAAUACCUAUGAGUGUAGCACUAUUGGACAACUUA